AUCACGGCUCUGGACCUGAUCAAACACGAGGAGUUUUCUGCGCUGAGAGAUUUACUUCAGCUGGAGUUUCAGCCUCUCUCCCGCCUGCUGUUGCUCCUGGGAUGGACGCAGUGUCGCAGCCUGAGCGCCGCCCAAACGCUGCUCAGCGUCCUGCACCGAGAGCAGGCUGCAGCCAAUGACUCCGUUCUGCAGGAGUUUUCCAACCUGUUGUCCUCUCAGCUUGGAGUCCUUGAAUGGUGUAAAAACAACAAUCCAGGGAUUUCCAUGGAGUCGUUGCUGGCUCAGCUUCACACUCUGGACCAUCACUCCGCUCUCUAUAUCCUGCACUCUCUCACUCCUCUUCCUCAGUUUGAGGAGCGCAGGAUACUGGAUCUGCUGCAGCAGCUGCCAAACUCACCUGCACCAG